CUGCAUCAGAGUUUUACGGUUUUGUUCAACGCCGCUUCGUUUGCUGUUUUUGAUUUGAAAAUCACAAAGAAAUCGGUAAUUUCGAAUCGAAUUGUUGUAAGAACCCCGAAUUUUGAUUUUCCGUGUACGCCAGGCGAUAAUAGUGCUUGUGGAAUAUCUGGUUGAAAAGUAAAAUUCAAGCAAAAAGUGUUCGGCUUUUGCUGUCUGAAAAGAAGCCAUCGUUAAAACGAAAGCAACGGUUUAAGAAAAUCCGAUGAUGGAGAAUAAUCGGGUUGAGUCCGUCGGUCCAGGCGAUAACGAAACUCUGGUUUCACUUUCCAAGCGGCUGAGUUACGACUACUCGAAUGUUUCCUUCGAAUUGAAUCGGAAGAAGCGGAAACUGUAUGAUAUGAAUGAUAUCUCCAGUGACGGGAACAACAGCACGAUGGAAGAGCGAUGUUUGGAGUCAUCCGGUGUAGCUAACAAUUCGAACGCAUUGCAGAGCCCUUGGGAGACGCGUCGGAUGAAAGCGGACCUUAUCGAGGCUCGUUCAAGGAUUACAAUGCUGAAGAAAGAAAUUGAGCACCAAAACACCGAGAUGGCCACCUCGCAACUGAAGAACCAACAUAAAAUUUCUUCCCUGGAAAAGGAGCUCAGCUAUAACGUUAAGAAAGUUUCCGAUCUUGAGAAGCAUAUAUCUGCUUUACGUAAGCGGGAAAAAGCCGCUCAAGAAGAUUUGGUCAAGUAUAAAAAUCAGUAUAAUAUUUUAAAACAAUCGUCAGGCGAUCAGUUAUUCGAAUUACGGCGAGCCCUCAAAGAUUUAGAGCAGCAGUACACCUUUGAGAAAAGCGAGUUGAAUUCGGAGGUUCGUGAUUUGAAUAGUCAAAUGAUGGAAAUCGAAGAUCAGCUUUCAAUCACUCAGGAAGAAUUGGAUACGUAUAAGGAAAUGAAUGAAACACUACAGUCCAAGGCUGAUUCUUACGAUGCCAGCCAGAAGGAGUUGGAUGAAGUUAAAGAAAAAUUAGCUGAGGCUGAGUCAAGGAUAAAAACGCUGGAGUAUGAAGUUGGUAGCUACGAAGAUUGGAAAAAUUUGUCCAAGGUAUCAACAUCACGGUUGGCAAACUACGCCGAACAGGAGAAAGAGCUGACCAGGUUGAAGGAAGAAUUCAAAAAUCUUCAUGAAGUCAUUGGCAAUAAAAUGCUGUUAGAAGAGCAGGUGGCGAGUUUAACCACCAGGUUGGAAAAUUUCGAAAAGAAUGAAAUCGACGCCGUUGCUCUGAGCGUAAAAGUUAAGGACUUGGAAAAGGAGCUGGCUGAUUGGCGCCAGCUGGCAGCGGAUUUUUGUCCGAAGAAUUCUGCCCGUAGUCCGAUUAUUGUCCGAUCUCAGAUUGAGCAGAUCCUGCAAAAGGAUUUGAUUUUGACCAGCGAAAAAACAUCUGUCAAAAAUGAGAAAAGUCAAAUUCAGACAGUAAUCGACGAGGUUAGGGCAGAAAACGAACAACUACAGAAGCAGCUAGAGGAUCACAAGCGGUCUCUGCGCAAUCAUCAGACGAUAUUACACCGAGUACAAAAGAAGCUGCACUUGGUGGCCGGGGAGAGAGAUUGCUGGAAGCAACUGCUGGACAGCUACGAAAAGGAUUUGACAAUCAACCCGACUACGGUGAGCAGCCAGGAGGCUUUGAUGCGUACUAGAAUCGAGAUGCUCGAAAAGCAACUUUCAGGCUAUCGAGAGUUGAACACCAAAAUGGAAAACGAAUUACAGGCAGCCAAAUCUAUGCCUGAUACGGGGAUGGAUUCCGCCCUAACUAGUGAACAGUAUGAAAAAUUGCGUCGCGAAAUCGACAUGUUCCGGAUGGAGAAUGAGCGACUAAAGAAACGAAAGGAUGAACUAGAACUGGAGUUGGAGAAUGUCACGCUGCGGGCGGAAAUUAAUCGUGAUAGGUAUAAGGUAGUUCGGUUUGAAGACAGUCCCGCUAAUGAGGCAUAUGAAGCACAUAAGAACGAAGUGGAAAAGCUGCAGGCGGAAAUCGAGCGACUUAAGAUUCGCAACCGCAAGCUGGAGGAGGGCAACGACGAGCUAACAAUUAGGCUGAACGACAGCAAUAUGACGAUGAACGUGAUGGAAUUGAAUAACCUAAAGGCGCAAGUGCAGUCACUUGAGGCAAAAAAUCAACACAUUAAGGAGGUUUACAAAGCAGCUAGCAACGAGUUCCGCGAGGUGUGUUACAUGUUGUUUGGGUACAGAGUCGAUCGGGUUGGAAAUACCAACUACCGAAUCUCUAGCAUGUAUGCCGAGAGCGAGGAGGAGUAUUUAAACUUCCGGUUGAACGAGUCCGGUACGGUUCUAAACAUGCUGGAGACAGCAUACAGCGAAGCGAUUGCCGAUAUGGUCACCACUCAUUUGGGCACGCAUGGUUCCUUGCCGGCGUUCCUUAGCACUCUUACGUUGGAUUUGUUCAAUCGCACGACGGUGAUGGUGCAGGGUUAAAUAUAUCGACAGGGUACUGCUUAGAAGUACGAUCUUGCUACUUUUCCGCUCUUGGAUUUAGAUAUUUAAAAUAUAAUGUAGUGGACGUGACAAAAGACAUUUGAAAGGUAGGAAGCUUAGUCGCGACCAGAAAUUUAACAUAGACAGCUGUGUGUAAUCGCCAAUCCAGCGAUUGAUUUGAUAAGAUAAAUAACUUACGACGAUUA